ACACACACACACUGACAGCUGGCCCCGCCCCAAGCCCCUCACCUCUCCUCCUAUUGGCCGAGCGGAAGGUCAGCUGCUGCGCCAAGGAUGCACGUGCUGCUCCGCGCAUUUCAAGAUCAAGAUGGCAGCCUCCGUGUGUCGGUGCUACGAGCUGGUUGGCAGACGUGCCUUAGCCCUCUGCUCCCGGCCGCUGGUCUCCUCAUCGUGGAGAGGAGAUCCCUACAGGUUACAUGGGAGCCCAGCUGCAGCCGUGCAGGUGCGAUAUGCAUCAGGACGUAAAGGUUUCCUGGGAGAGUUUGUGGACAACCUGCGUCAGGAGUUCACCAAGAACCAGGAGAUGAAAGACAACAUAAAAAAGUUCAGAGAGGAGGCCAAGAGGCUCGAGGAGUCUGACGCUCUCCAACAGGCCCGCAAGAAAUUUAAAACUAUAGAGGCUGAGACAGUGAAGACUUCAGAGGUGUUUAAGAAGACCUUUGGCUCUCUGUCAGAAACUGUGAAGGAGGGUCUCGAGGAGGUGAGUCGUACCGACAUCGGGAAGAAGAUCAAGGAAGGUGUGGAGGGCGCAGCGAGGACGGCCAUGCACUCCGCCGAGUCCGUCACCAAAGGUGGAGAAAAACUGGGCCGAACGGGUGCAUUCAAGGCCAUCUCUCAGAGCGUGGAGACCAUGAAGAAGGAGAUAGAUGUCGGUGACGCAGGGCCUUACAGAGCUCCCUCUCAGCUGAGGAAGAGAAGCGAUUUCUCCUCCAAAUCAGCUGACACCGACUCCCGAGUGUUCGAGGCCAAUGAAGAGGAUAUGGGUGUCGUGCUCCACAAGGAUUCAAAGUGGUUCCAGCAGUGGAAGGACUUCAAGGACAAUAACGUAGUUUUCAACAGGUUCUUUGAGAUGAAGAUGAAAUAUGAUGAAAGUGACAACGCCGUCAUCAGAGCGUCCAGAGUGGUGACGGACAGAGUCACUGACUUCUUAGGCGGUCUCUUCUCAAAGACAGAAAUGUCCGAGGUGCUGACGGAGAUCGUGAAGGCGGACCCCACCUUUGACAAAGACUCCUUUCUCAAGCAGUGUGAGAAAGACAUCAUCCCGAACAUACUGGAGGCGAUGAUCCGUGGAGAGCUGGACGUAUUAAAAGACUGGUGCUAUGAGGCCACGUACAGUCAGCUGGCUCACCCCAUCCAGCAGGCCAGAGCUCUGGGACUCCUCUUCCAGUCCAAAGUCCUGGACAUUGAUAACAUAGAUCUGGCGAUGGGGAAGAUGAUGGACCAGGGCCCGGUACUGAUCAUCACCUUCCAGGCACAGGUCGUCAUGGUGAUCCGUAGCCCCAAAGGAGACAUUGUGGAAGGAGAUCCGGGGAAGGUCAUGAGGAUGAUGUAUGUGUGGGCGUUGUGUCGUGACCAGGAGGAGCUCAACCCCAACGCAGCCUGGAGACUCCUGGACAUCUCCGCCUCCAGCACUGAGCAGGCCCUCUAGGACGAGGAGGAGGAGGAGGAGGGGGGAUGCAGGUGUAAAAGGUCGAUACAGGAUGCACUAACUGUGAAGACGGGCAGGAGAUACGAAGAUGUGGCCGGAACACAUGCACGUGCUGAUUCACUUAUACAUACCAUCAACAUUUGAAGGCAGAGUGCGUCCUUGCUCCUGUGUUACGCCAGAGACUGCAACCUCACACACUCAUAUUUGGUGUAAAAAUGUGCAUCAACAUAGAGACAAAAUACCAACAUAUAAUAUAUCAAUAGGAAACUGUGCUUCCACCGAUAUGUGUGUGUCGUUCGUGCCUCAAGGUGGAGUGUAAAUAUAGAACAUUUACAUUCAUUUGAACAGGAUGGAGCCAACUUUUUCACCGAGCCUGUGCCGUUUCCCCCCCUUUGUUUCAUCCAAUGGUACGGUCCAUACUGGCCUGGUGGCUACACCCGAGAUAAGAAGACAACAUCAGUGGAGAGAAAAUGGACAACGGGACUGUGAUUUUUAACCCUUGGUCACAAGACUAUAACUGGGUUUGAAGCUAAACACUGACUUUGUGAAGUGACGUAAAUAGAAAAUUCAAAUUUGGGCAGUGGGAUGGAGCCUGUCGCAGCAACCAAUAUAUCUCAGUGGGACGGUUAAAAGGGGCAGUCCACCAAUUUGAUUCAAAGCCACCUCAGAUUGUGUUUGAGACAAAAUUCUGAUGUGGUUUCUACAUGGUUCCUGCUGGCUUUCACAUGAGACAAAUUCUAACAAAUACAACAGGGAUCGACCGAUCAUCAGCUUGGCUGACUGUCAGAUCAGAAAUUUUUGUUUGUUUGUUUUUUCCAUUUUUUUGUUUGUUCUUGUCCUGUUUCCAACAGACAAAAUUUAGAAAAUGAGCUACUUUUGUCUGUAGUCACCCACUCAGCAUUCCAGCCACAACAGUCUGAUUGGUUACAUGUCAAGACUGAAUAAUCUGAAUCUGCAAAGUAUCUACUAACUAAAGUUAUCAAAUAAAUGUGGUGCAGUGGAAGUAUAACGAAGCAGAACACGGGAAGAUUCAAAGAACAGCAAUUGUGCGUUUUUACUUUCCAUCAGUAGUUAUUUAAGAUAUUGAUUAUCUGUAUCUGCCCUAAAAACAUUGUAUCAGUCGAUCCCUAGUGUACAACAAGUACGAUGAAGUUUAAACCAUAUAUAAUAUGAUAUGUGUAUGGAGGGUUCAUAUGUUCAUAUAUGUGCUGUAGCUCAGAGAGCCCAGUAUAUCACAACCUGAGAAGAGUGUAUGAACUGCAGCCUGUUUUGUCAGGUCGCGGUGCAUCGGGGCCUCCAGUCUCUGUACAGUGUGAACACCCUCAAUAAGAAGAAAUCUAUUGCAUCCACAGCUCUUAACCUCGUUGUAAAUAUAUUAAAUGUUGUAAGCUCGGAUGGGACCACUUCCAAUGUGUCACCAUGGCAGCUCUAUUGUUUCCAGGAACAUUUGCCAUCUCAUGUUGCACGUUGUUCAGCUGUACAAACACGUUUGGUUUGACUUUUAUAUUUGUUGCUUCUCAGCAGGACAGUGCUGAAGAUGAAGACUUGAAUGAAUGAGUGAAUUACCAGACUGUCGUGUUGGCUGUAUUUAACAUUUAUUCUG